CUGAGAAAGCUGAGAAAGCUGAGAAAGCUGAGAAAGCUGAGAAAGCUGAGAAAGCUGAGAAAGCUGAGAAAGCUGAGAAAGCUGAGAAAGUUGAGAAAGCUGAGAAAGCUGAGAAAGCCCGCAUCACCUGCCUGAAUCACCAAAACACAACAGACAGCCCACCCAAAUCCAUUUCGCUCCUUCAUCCUCUGGGGGGCUCCUUACUCUUGCCAUUGCCGGAUUUGAAGGGAGGAGAAGAAAGAAAACCGACGAGAGCACGAGAGCACUGCAGUAGACUCGGCCGCUCUCUCCUCAUUCAUUUCAUCUCUGCCAGAUAUCACAAGGUAUCACCUGUGACCACGUUCGUUCCUGCUCAUCUCGGGCCUAUACAACCUCUUUCUGACCACCAAACCGCCAUCAAAACUGUCGCCAACUGUCACCAACCAUCUCCAACCGCAACACCCUUGCGCCACGUUCCGCGCUUACCCUGGCCAUUUGUCUGUUACUCAGCCAGGCUGCAUUACCUCACCGUAGCUGCAGAGUAGUACAGAUAGUACAGAACAGAAACCCUGAGUGGCGAAGGGUGCCGAAGAAACCGCUGGUCUUUUUUCCCGCUUUCUAAACAGUUGUACCUUGCGGUCCCUGGACGGCAGUAAGACCGCCGUCGAAAGUCCACCAUAGAACAAAUACUGGGGGAGACGCGAUCAUACCUCCCACAGCAUAUUUUCGCCUCAUCCGUCACUCAUCCCGUCACCUCAUCUCAUCCUACGACUCUGUUCCUCGCUGCACAACCAACCCGUCUGUCGUUACAUUCCCACGCAUCUAACUUCGUCGUAAAGUGCAUAUCAUCUCCUGCUACGUUUCGUCGUGCCUGAACCCCACACAAAGGCACUUACUUCUCCGCGCCUGUCGUCUUACCCAACUGUCACUCUCACCGGCUCCACCUAGCUCAAACUCCAUCUCCACCGCCCAUCCGCUCAACUCCGAACACUAACGACUUGCCUUCCAUCAUCAAACGCGUUGUUAUCCCUUGGUCUCUUGUAGCCAAGGUGACCGGACUACCGCCUGCUUUGGCCGCCGCUCUCCGAGCUAAGCCUUAUCACCACGCUCGUUAAAUUUAACCUUCGUUCCCAAUCCUGACUCUACAUAUACCCCUCCAAGGUAUCUUGUGAUCAGCUUUGACUUUAUAUUUCUCUUUCAAUAACCUUUCACCUUUUUGUCUUUCUGUUUGGAUCCAUCGACGAUCCAUAAGUUUUAACCAGGCUUUGGCCUAAUCACGCUCGUUAACUGCUCGAACAACAACUCCUCUCUCGUGUGGACACACCGUCUUCACUCUUAAUUAUUCACAAUGGCUGGACCCGGUGGUGGCCCUCCCAGACGGAGUCAUACCAAGUCUCGCAAAGGCUGUGAUACUUGCAAACGUAGACACAUCCGCUGUGAUGAAAACUUCCCUCAGUGCAAGAACUGCACCAAACACAAUGUCCGCUGUCCAUACAUGGACAUGCCUCCCCCAGAAGAGCGCGUGCCUACUCCUGAAAGGCCAGAUCUUGCGUGGACCCCCGCGAUCGAGGAUGAGAUCAACCGCUGGCAACAGACGGGCGUCUUCCCCUUCCCCGAGCUUGCCAUCUACCCUCAGCCAAACCCGCAAGCCUUCUCGAUCGAGGAUUUGCGCCUCAUGCACCAUGUUGCCGCUAUCUCGACGGAGCUGGGCAUGCUCGAUGCUGGAUCGUUCACUAUCUGGGCGAACCAGAUUCCUCUUUUCCUGAAAAUUGGCUCAACAUAUGGCUUCGUUAUGCAUGCCCUCUUGGCAUUCUCUGCAACUCACAUCGCCUGGCUCACUGAAUGCCCUAUUGUCAGACAAAUGGCAUAUGAGCACCGAGGCAUCGCUUUGAAGGGACUCCACGAGGACAUCGGUACCUUCUCCCGGAACAACUCGGAUGCAGUCCUCGCCGCCUCCCUCCUCUUAUCUUGGCAAGCAACUGAAUGGCGCGGAUGGACCCAACUUAUGCACGGAACGUCAUCGGUUAUCGACGCCAUGCAGCCAUGGAAGAACGAAUCCCAAUUCGGUGCCUUCAUUGCCGAGCAAUCCACAUUCCCAACAGCUCCGCCAUCUCCAAUUCCGAACAGGAAGCUCAGUCAACCCCUCAAGCAAGACAUCGAGGCCCUUGGUGAGGCCCACGCCCAACUUCAGAUGGCCGAGAAGUUCUUGGUCGAGAGUGGCGAAGAUACUCAAGCAAUUGUUCAACUUGCUAGCUUUGUUUGUGGCAUCCGCAAGGUUACACUAGCUCACACUGCUGCACAACGCUUCGAGAUGUUGAAUCCACUCCGAACUUGGCUCUUUUGGCUACCAGCUAUGUACCUCCAACAGCCACAUGUCAGCCCAUACGCUUUGGUUGUCCUGGCAUAUUACUACACUGUUGCAUUGGUUGUCGAGCCUAUCUUCCCUGAAGUUGGAGCUGCCUACUUCGGCAGUCUUUCACUUGGGCCAAUUGAGCAAAUUGCGCGCCGCCUAUUCUCAUCCAACCUCUCACAAUCCGCCGACGAGCUCCAGACACCGCUUGCGCUGAUGGAGUACCCCAUUGAUAUGGUUACCAACUUCCGUCGUCGGAUGGGGUGGGAACAGCCUGAGCGGACUGCAUCGUUCCCAACAUUUGAGAACAACAUGUUCUACGAUAUCCACGACAGCUUUGAGCCUAGCCAAUUCAGCCUCGGUAGCAACCCGGCUUUCAGCUACAGCCAGGAGCCACUGGCACCAUUCAUCAAAUCGGAACCUGGCUCAGCCAUCAGCCCUCUGGGCAUGGAACCAUUUGCUGGCUCUUCGGGUCAGUAUCUUGGAAUCCCAUCUCCGAUUGGAUUUGGUGGCUACAACAGCCCAGGAGGAUCAUCAUAUGGAGAUGUGGCAUACAGCGAUCAGGCAGAAGGCUUUUACUAUGACAUCCAAGGAAGGGGACCCGGUGCGUUUGGCGGGUUCGUGCCUCAUACAGUGUGGACUUAAGUUUGGCGGAUCAGGAAAUAACAUCGCCCAGGACGUUCAAUGCAAGCUUAGGGGCCAGGAACGAUGACCCCCACUCCUCACCAACUCCGAAUACUGCUAUAGUCCCGUCACAAACAAUGGACAACUACAACUCCUCACCAUCAACACAAUCUCAACGAUACUCACCACUCCUUUCACCACGCUAUCCUCGCGUGCACUCUCAAUCUCCACAACACCGCUACAGCCCUUACACCACUCAACCACCUCCUUCUCCGAAAGGAAAAGGCCGCCAGCAACAAUAGAAACACAAUUUUACGACUUUUUACGACUCUCCUCUACUUACAGAAUACGGGAAACACGAUGAUUCUCAUGUAAUAACCAGCUUAAUGAAGCCGCAGCGAAAUCAUUGGGUAUCUUUCUAAACGCCGUUCCCAAAAAGCUAAGGAUAGGAGGGCUUGACAGAGCUAGAACGAUAGCACGUCACGGUCCUUAAGAUACCCAACAACACAUCUGCAUUGGUUUGGCGCAACACUUGCUUUUUUGAUUUUAGAACAACUUCGGAAUUUUUGAUAUUUGGUUUGCGAUUUGGGAUGCGAUUUGGGACGCGGGAAUAGACGCAAUUGGGCAAAAGAGGAAACAAGCAUGUAUGGCUUUUGGAAUUUGCUCGCUGUUUUGCGAUUUUUUUGUAGCAACUGCAGGCGGAGAAGCAGUUUGCGCGCGCGGCUGCGGACGAUGGAUGAGUCCGGGCAAACUCUGUAUACUGGUAGCUAGCUUUCUGAUAUUUUUUGAUAUUGCUUGGAGGGCUGGAACAGGACUGGGAAUGAAGGACGUUUCAAUUACUGCCAUUUAAUAUCGACUGCUUUUGCAUGUGAUUCCGCUUUGAAGUGACCAGUAAGAUAACUCGCCAAGUACACAGUUACCAUGCCUUAAGACACCAUGUUUCAUUCCCC